CAGUCAUGCACCGAUUAUAACCGGAUACAAUUUCGGGCUUUUUGGCAAAAGAACUUUCUGAAUAAAACUGAUUUUCUAAAUUUUUGCAUCAACGAAGUUUUGUAGAGCAAACAUUUUGCUACAAAAAAGGGCUAUGCAGGUGCUGUUCAUCCUGAUUCAGUGCUUAUAGAAAAUGUAUUUCGGUAUGAUCAGUUAUAAACGGUUUAGGGCCCUUCGCCGAAAAUCAAUUACGGUAAAAAUAAAAAACAUGAAGUUUUCUGCCACAAGCGAUCUUAUAGGAAAAUAUUUACUCUGUCAAACUAAGAGACCAAAAAAUGCUUAUAUGCGUACGUUUUAUAUAAUCUGUUUGAUAAGAAACAUGAAAUAUACCGAUGCCAGCUAACAAAAGAGUAGCAAAUCUGUCUCGGAGUAAUUCUAUUUUCUUUUACUUUUUGAGCAUCUUUGGGUUCUUUCACACCAUUUUCCCUCUAGAUAUUACUGAGCAACACAAAUAUUUAUCUUCCAAUCUGCCUCCAUUUUUAUACCAACGUCUUAUUGCUUUGGAUGCAGCCAAAUCGUAUAAUACAUCAGAAUAUGAAGCUUUAAAUAAACAUUUAACGUCCUUAUUUACUGUUCGUAUUACACCAAUGCCUUCGUGUGUCGCAGAAGCGUUUGCUAAUAUUAAUACCACUAUUUAUGUAGCAAUUCAAGGUGAAAGUGAAUUUACUAUCGGUGGCGCAUUAGAACAUUACAAUAUAACAGCUGAAAUAAAUAAAAUUAAUGUACCAACAUUGGUGACCAAUGGAGAAUACGAUUCUGUCACUAGGCCAGUUGUAGAAAAAAUACAUUCGCAAAUACCAAACUCUAAAUUGAUUACGUAUCCAACAUCAGGUCAUAUGACUAUGAUCGAUGCAGCUUCAUUGGUUUUAGACGACAUACGCAAAUUUUUAAUACGUGUUGAAAAAAAGAGAAACAUCCACGAAGAAUUUUAA